AUCAGAUGCUAGACAGAUUGUUCCAUUAUACGGGAUUGCCCACUUCACUGGUAUACGAUUAUUGAUUUCAUUCUUCCUAGUCCCUCAUUUACACCCCCCACCCAUUCACUCUUUGUCCCUUGCUCUUUCGAUCUCAGCGUCUCUCCUCUUUCUUUGAGUACUGCAGAGGCACGGCUGCAUCGUGCAUCGCGGAUGAGAGGAGAGGGGGAGAAAAAAUAAAACAGAAAGAACCCUCAGCGUGCGGGCACUAACUACCUCAAUUCCGGUGUUGCGAGGGAAACUAGGAAAUAUCGACUGGAAAAAGCACACAGCCGGCUCUCUGCGAUGUUUUAAUCUUCUGUAGUCGACAGAUGAGCUGUGACCAGAUCUAAACACAGUGUUUAUGGUGAUCUCUCCUACUGGAACUCAGCUGUCUUCACCUCUCAACCUUGUGACUGCUCCCAUUCCACUGCCAUAGAGAUCUGCUCUCUCUCACCACAGCAGCAACAGCUAGCGAUCCUAGCCAACGCUAGCACCAUUUGAACCACCUCCAAACUUACUGUGGUUUGCUUUAACUGAAUUGCCCUUCAAUAACCUACACUCUGAUACUUUAGAAGAAAGUAAGCAAGUAGGCUAACAUAAGUUAAGUCUCUCUGACAGUUAAGUCGUCCUCCCCUGCAGUUCUUUGGUCAGGUCUUUGGCAGGACUUUUUGCCAAUGAGCAUUGGUUCCCAACUGACCUAGCUGGUUAGAUAAAGGACAAAUAAAGACAGAUAGAUAAUUAAUCAGAGUUAGCGAGAUGGAUGAGUCGUACAACAACAGGACAUCGCUGGUGAAGGGCGCCAAGGACAUCGCCAAAGAGGCCAAACGCCACGCCGCCAAGAAGGUCAGCAAGGUCGUGAACCGCGCCGCAGACGAGUACUCCUCCCAACGCAACUACAGCCAGUUCCAGAACGAGGACGAAGACGAUGACGACAGAUGCUACGCCUACACGCAGCCCGACGGCAACGGCCACUUUCCCAGUAGCCGCACCGCCAACGACGAAGACGGGGAAGACUAUGCCAGUGAUGCCACGGAGGGUCACGAUGAUGAAGAUGAGAUCUACGAGGGGGAGUACCAGGGUGUACCUUCUUACACUGAUGCGAAGCCCAGGGAUGGACAGGUUUCUCUGGGUCAACCUGUCUCAGACAGCCUGAGGGACCGUAAGGAGCUGGAGCUGGAGAGGCAGGCGGACGAGGAGGAGCUGGCCCAGCAGUAUGAGCUGAUCAUGCAGGAGUGUGGCCACGGCAGGUUCCAGUGGCAGUUGUUCUUCGUGCUGGGCAUGGCGCUGAUGUCAGAUGGCGUGGAGGUGUUCGUGGUGGGGUUUGUCCUGCCCAGCGCCGAGACUGACAUGUGUGUCCCAAAUUCUGGAGCUGGGUGGCUAGGUAGCAUAGUGUACCUAGGGAUGAUGGUGGGAGCGUUCUUCUGGGGGGGUCUUUCAGACAGGGUGGGCCGUAAACAGUGCCUGCUCAUCGCUAUGUCUGUCAACGGCUUCUUCUCCUUCCUCUCCUCCUUCGUCCAGGGGUACGGCAUGUUCCUCUUCUGCCGCAUGUUUUCCGGUUUCGGGAUUGGUGGGGCGGUUCCCAUCGUGUUCCCCUACUUUGCGGAGUUCCUGGCGAGGGAGAAGAGAGGAGAGCACCUGAGCUGGCUCUGCAUGUUCUGGAUGAUAGGAGGGAUCUAUGCCUCUGCCAUGGCCUGGCUCAUCAUACCACACUACGGAUGGAGUUUCAGUAUGGGCUCCGCCUACCAGUUCCACAGUUGGAGAGUAUUUGUGGUGGUGUGUGCUCUACCCUGUGUGUGUGCUGUCGUAGCACUCACCUUCAUGCCCGAGAGCCCACGAUUCUUCCUAGAGAUGGGUAAACAUGACGAGGCAUGGAUGGUGCUGAAACAGAUCCACGACACCAACAUGAGGGCCCGCGGAGAACCAGAGAAAGUCUUCACUGUGAACAGGAUAAAGCUCCCUAAGCAUCUGGAUGAGUUGGUAGAGAUGCAGUCAGACUCAACCAACCCAGUUGCCAAAGUCCUCUUCAGGAUCAGGACUGAACUCAGAGGGAUCUGGUUAACAUUCAUGAGAUGUUUCAACUACCCAGUGAAAGACAACACCAUUAAACUGGCCUUCGUGUGGUUCACACUAUCUUUUGGGUACUAUGGCCUAUCAGUGUGGUUCCCUGAUGUCAUCCAUCACCUGCAGUCUGAUGAGUAUGCCUCUAGAGUGAAGACGCACAACAACGAACGUACAGAAGACUUCACCUUUAACUUCACCCUGGAGAACCAGAUACACACUAACGGAGUGUUCGUCAAUGACAGGUUCAUCAGUAUGAAGUUGAAGUCCGUCACCUUCAUAGACUCUACGUUUCAGAACUGUUACUUUGACGACGUGUCAACAGUGGGCUCAUUAUUCAAGAACUGCACCUUCGUAGAAGCCUUCUUUUAUAACACAGAUAUUGACGAUUCUAAGCUGGUGGGGUCGAGGGUGAUCAACAGUUCGUUCCACCACAACAAGACGGGCUGUCAGAUGACCUUUGAUGACGACUACAGCGCCUACUGGGUCUACUUCGUCAACUUCCUGGGGACACUCGCCGUGUUGCCCGGCAACAUAGUCUCCGCCCUUCUCAUGGACAAGAUAGGGCGCCUGAGCAUGCUGGGGGGCUCCAUGGUGCUGUCAGGCAUCAGUUGUUUCUUCCUGUGGUUUGGGACCAGUGAGUCUAUGAUGAUCUUCAUGCUGUGUCUCUAUAACGGCCUCAGUAUAUCAGCCUGGAACUCUCUGGACGUAGUUACUGCUGAGCUCUACCCUACUGACAGGAGGGGUACAGGUUUUGGGUUCUGUAAUGCCUUGUGUAAGCUGGCAGCGGUGUUGGGGAACCUGAUCUUUGGUUCUCUGGUUGGCAUCACAAAGGCCAUCCCCAUACUGCUGGCGUCAGCUGUACUGGUGGGAGGAGGCCUGGUGGGACUACGACUGCCUGACACACGCAGCAACGUCUUGAUGUAGAACUACACUACCCAUCAGCAUUCACUCAUGUACCCGUUAGGCUUUAGUUGAACACUGUCAUAAAGACUACAUAUCUGCGCCGCUAUUAAAGUAUGCUAUCUGGUUAGCUUAAUGUUUAACCAAUUAGCUAAGAUAAACAAUAGUAAAUUCCAUAACAGUGCGAAGUCAGUUGUCAUAGGCUGACAUAAGCUAACAUUGUUUUAAGACAGUGGUAUGUAGGCCUUAUGAUAGCAUGUUCAAGUAAAGUGGGUUGCCCUGCACAGGUGUCACAUGGGACACACUGUGUGAAAGGCUUUGUCACCAAUCACUCACAGUCUUUAUUUCAGAUAUUACUGUAAAAUAAGGGCAUUUAUUGAUUUGUUGUACGUUUGUUUAUUUAUUCAUUUGUCUAUCAGUAAUGUAUUAAUGUUAUUUAUUGUGUCACUGCUGUGCUAUCUUGUACUUCUAACAACAAUGCCAAGAAGUCACAGCACCUCAGUGGGGCGUGAUUUCUAAAUUCAAAAUAAACAGUUAUUAAUUAUGUACAGUACCAGUCAAAAGUUUGGACACACCUACUCAUUCCAGGGUUUUUCUUUAUU